GCAAGGUUCCACGCUAGCGCAUUUGGAGAUAACGUACCUGAACAUUUACCAGGAAAUCUGGCCGAAUCCAUCACCACUUCACUUGCACCUUCAAUUACUUCUCGCUCCUUUCCUUAGCAAGCCAACAAUUCAAUUUCUUCCCUCGACAAGACACAUCUUCCUUGUCUUUCUACAAACGAACCCAUCUACCUCGAUCGCAACUUUACAAUCAUCUCCACCAUCUAUCCACAAUGUCGGACAUUCAAGAUCUCCUCGAAAUCCCCAGGGACUUCGUCAAGGACGGCACGCAAUUCAUGACGCGAUGCACUAAGCCCGACAAGCGCGAGUUCAUCCAGAUCAGCAAGGCCGUCGGUGUUGGUUUCCUAGUCAUGGGCGCAAUUGGCUACUUGAUAAAACUAAUUCACAUCCCCGUCAACAACAUCUUAGUCGGAGCCGCAUAAAAUAUUCAUGAAACGGAUUUCGAGGCGCGGAGUUGGGUUUGCUAGGAUGCACGACAACGGGAGAGAUGUAUAGUGAAGACCGGGACGAAUAAAGGCAUUCAUAAUACCAUAGUACGAGAUGUCGGCACUUGUAUGGCAUUAUACGAUAUACGAUUGAUCAUCACGGUCGGGGUCGAGAAAAAGCUAUAGGUUUUGCUCGAUUAGUUAAUCAUAAAAGGGGACGCAAGCUCGAGGUCAUAAAAAGCGUUCCUGUAUUUGCUCUACCUGCGUUGGCAUCUCUAUAGGCCAUUGUAUAAAAUUGCUUUUCAGUGCUUUAUGAAAAUGAGCGAACUUGUGGAAAAUCAGCCAGUGCGCCUUGAUAUUUAUCGGGGGGGG